AUGGCACCCUCACCGCGGGUUCUCAUCAUCGGCGCUGGCAUCGUCGGCGUCAACGUCGCUGAUGAGCUGGUUCAGAGAGGAUGGACCGACAUCACGGUCCUCGAGCAGGGCCCUCUAGCCAUGCCUGGUGGCUCAACCUCUCACGCUCCCGGUCUGGUCUUCCAGACGAACACAUCAAAGACUCUCACCAAGAUGGCCACUUACACAGUCGAGAAGCUCCUCUCACUAGGCUCCUUCAACCAAGUCGGUGGUUUGGAGAUUGCCACUACUCCUGCACGACUGGAGGAGCUCAAGAGGAAACGGGGUUAUGCUUACUCUUGGGGCGUCGAGGCCAACCUUGUCAGCCCUGAGAAGUGUCUCGAAAUUUACCCCUUGUUGGACAAGUCCAAGGUCCUUGGUGGACUUCACAUUCCUACCGAUGGUCUAGCUCUCGCUCGCGAUGCGCAAGCGAAGCUUAUUGAGCGCACACGAGCUGCUGGUGUCAAGUACCACGAGCACACAGUGGUCCGAUCCAUUGACCACCACGACGGUCACGUUUCAUCCGUCAACACCAACAACGGCAACUACACAGCCGACAUCGUCAUCUCAUGCGCUGGUCUUUGGGGUGUCGAGGUUGGAGCCAUGGUUGGCCUCCCCAUUCCUCUCACACCCAUGGCUCACCAGUACGUCCACACAACAUCAGUCCCUAGCCAGAAGGGCAAGAACGAAGAGCCCAACGGCGCUCAACUCCCUAUUCUCCGACACCAAGAUCAGGAUCUUUACUACCGCGAGCACGGCGACCACUACGGUAUUGGAUACUACGGCCAUCGUCCCAUGCCCGUUGUCGCAGCCUCGCUGGGCGAGACACCCAAGGACAUCGACUACAAGAACAUGCCUUCCAGCUUAAAGUUCACACCCAAGGACUUUGAGCCUGGCUGGAAGCUGUCACAGGAGAUUCUUCCUGCUCUCCGCGAGACCAAGGUCGACCACGGUUUCAACGGUAUCAUGUCUUUCACCCCCGACGGUGGCCCUCUCGUCGGCCAGGCCCCCAACUUCGAUAACUUCUACGUCGCCGAGGCUGUCUGGGUGACACAAUCUGCUGGUGUCGGUCGCGCUAUGGCCGAGCUACUUACCACCGGCACAGCUAACAUCGAUCUUUCCGAGUGCGAGCUGUCUCGAUUCGAGCAGGUUCAGCUCUCACCUGCCUACGUCGUCGAGACCGCUUCCACCCAAUUCAACGAGGUCUACGACAUCCUCCACCCUCUUCAGCCCAAGGAGUCUCCCCGAAACCUCCGCGUCAGCCCCUUCCACCAGCGUCACCAAGAACUCGGCGCCUUCUUCCUCGAGGCUGGAGGCUGGGAACGUCCUCACUACUUCGAGUCCAACGAGAAGCUUCUCAAGGAUCUGCCCGAGGCUUGGAAGCCUGUUGAGCGCGAUGCCUGGUCAUCCAGGUUCUACUCUCCUGUGACUGCUGUCGAGGCCUGGAAGACACGAACUGGUGUUGCCAUGUACGACCAGACUCCUAUUCGACGAUUGGAGAUUGCUGGUCCUGGUGCUGCUGAACUUCUUCAGCGAUUGACUACUGGUAACGUUGCUGGUGAGGUUGGCAAGGUCACAUUCACACUUCUCCUCGACAACCACGGUGGUAUCCGAAGUGACAUCUUCGUCGCUAGACUAGGCGAGGAUCUCUUCCACCUCGGUGUCAACGGCCCUGUCGAUCUCCACUACUUCACCCGCGAGGCCAAGGUCCAGACAAAGGCCAGCCCCCACCGAGCCGUCCAGGUUCGCGACAUCACUGGUGGUCUUGCCAGCGUUGGUGUCUGGGGUCCUUUGGCCAACGAUCUCAUGAAGCUCGUCAGCAGGGAGAACUUCUCCGACCGAGCUUUCCCUUACCUCACCACCAAGAAGCUCGAGAUCGCUGGCAUCCCUGUGAUCGCUACUCGCUUCUCUUACAUUGGCGAGGAGGGUUACGAGAUCUACACAACUGCCGACAACGGUCUCCGACUGUGGGAUGCCUUGUGGCAGGCCGGUCUUCCCUACGGUGUCAUCGCCGCUGGUCGCAGCGCCUUCAACGCUCUCCGUAUCGAGAAGGGUUUCCGAUCAUGGGGCUCCGACGUGACCCAGGAGUACGACCCUUACGAGGCUGGUCUCGAGUUCGCUCUCCAACCUGGCAAGGACGGUUACGUUGGUUACAACGCCCUCAAGGGCCGCUCAAGCGAGAAGGUCUCUCGUCGCAUCCGCGGUCUCAUCAUCGACGAUGGCAAGUCCGUCGUCCUUGGCAAGGAGCCUGUCUUCGUCAAGGGUCGCGCAGUCGGCUACGUGACAAGUUCAGCCUUCGGCUACAGCAUCGGCAAGCCCAUCGCCUACACAUACCUCCCCAAGGAGGUCCUCGAGGGCGACAAGGUCGAGAUUGAGUACUUUGGCAAGCGUAUCAAGGCUACCGUGACAUCUCUUCCCUUCUACCAGCCCGAAAAGAGCGCGUACGGCCAGAACGCUUCUUCCAACUUCUCUGCUCGUCUGUAG